GAUACCAAUUAAACCUAAUUUGAAUGUAGUCCGAUAUACCAGAUGAACUGGUUCCAAUACCAGAAUCAGAUUUGAUAUUUCUUCGAUCCAAUUCCCAGCCACUGUAAGAAAUCCGCAGUCCGCACGUAGUUUUCGCCGCUUACUCCCCACGUGGCAACACUCUGGGCUUAAACCCUGAGAAAAAUAGGGAGAUCUGCUAUACAAAUCGCUGAUAAAACAACUCUCCGCCUGCUUCAUACAUCGAGGUUUUUGAGGAGGACGGAGAGAGAUGGGAGAACACAAGAGACACCAGAUGAUGCAGAACCUAUUCGGCGAUCAAUCAGAAGAGGAAGAAGAAGAGAUCGAUUCUGAGCACGAGUCCAACCCCCAACCUGGCUACAUCUCUGAUGAAGGAGAGGGAGGACCAGAGCCUGAGGGUGAAGGUGAAAUAGAGGGGCAAGGGGAGGCAGAGGUGGAGAGUGAGGGUGAAUUACGUGAUGUAGACCCUGAUCCUGGAGAGAGUGAGGCUGAAAGAGAUCAAAGUUCUGAGGACGUAGAAGUUGGUGAUCAAAGGGAGGAGAGUGAAGGAAGAGAAACUGGAAGUGAUGAAAAAGAAGGAUAUGGUCAAAGGGUAGUAACAAGCAGGCGACGCGAUGUUAUUGAGAGUGGAUCAGAGAGGUCUGAGGAGAACCAUUAUGCUGACCAUGAAGAUGAGGAAGUGGAUCAGGCUAGAAGUCCUAGUAGAUCACCUGGAGAGGAGAAGGAUCAGACUCACAAUUCUCACUCGGUUGCUGAGAUUCGUGAUGUAUUUGGUGAGUCUGAUGAUGAAGAAGCAGCAGAAUAUGCAGUUGAUAAUGAGAUUGAGCAGAAUUCCAUUAGAUCCCCUAUGGAAGAAGAAGGGAGCUAUGAGAAAAACCUGAGACCAGAGGAUAUACUCCCUGAUGAAGAUGCUCAAUAUGGGUCAGAAGAGGAGAAUGUUGAGAUUAAAUCUAAAGAGAAGCCUGUUGGGCCUCCUUUGGUGCUAGAGGUUCCACUACGGCGGCCUCCAGCUCACUCAGAUAAGAUGAACAUGAUAAAAGUUUCUAAUAUAAUGGGCAUUGAACCAAAGCCAUUUGACCCUAAAACGUACGUAGAAGAGGACACAUUUGUGACAGAUGAAUCUGGAUCCAAGAAACGCAUACGCUUGGAGAACAACAUUGUCCGCUGGAGGAAUGUUAAAAAUCCAGAUGGCACAACAUCUUAUGAGAGCAAUGCGCGUUUUGUGAGAUGGUCGGAUGGCAGUUUACAGCUAUUAAUUGGGAAUGAAGUUCUUGACAUAUCAGUGCAAGAUGCCCAGCAUGACCAAUCACACCUUUUUCUUAGACAUGGAAAGGGAAUUCUCCAAUCGCAAGGGAGAAUUUUGAGAAAGAUGAGAUUUAUGCCCUCGUCUUUGUCAUCGAAUUCUCACAGGUUGUUAACAGCUCUUGUUGAUUCACGACAUAAAAAGGUUUAUAAGGUUAAGAACUGCAUCACAGACAUUGAUCCUGAGAGGGAAAAGGAGGAAAAAGAAAAGGCUGUGAGUCAAACAAUCAGAGCUAAUCAACUUCUUAACCGAAAGCGGGAGAAGGUGAAUCGAAAGUAUACACAAACAGUGGACAGGGGGCGCCAACUGUCCCCUGGAUUCUUGGAGGAAGCACUGGAUGAGGAUGACGAGCCGGAUUAUCAUGAUUCUCGCCGCCAUCGUCGUCGGUUUGAGGAUGAUCUUGAAAUGGAUACUCGAGCUGAAAAACGAAUUUUUAAUGUGAAGAAGGGACAUAAAGACAUUCCUCGCAAAUCAUCCUUGUCGGCUAUUAAAUCAUCUAGGCGUCCAGUGGAUUUCUCUGACAGUGAGAGAGAGGAGUCUGAGUAUGAAAGCGAUGGGGAGGAAGAUGAGAGGUCUUUCUCCCGGAAGAGGGCAGAGGAACCAGAGGAGGAAUAUGCUGAAGAGGAUGAAGAGGAAGAUGAACAUGAUGAAGAAGAGGCUGAAGCGAAUGAAGAAUCAGAGGAGGAGGUUGAGGAACCAAAGCAAAAGGGUAAGGAGUAUGCCAAGCGCAAGGGAAUUGAAUCAGAUGAGGACUCUCCUCCAAGAAAGACUGCUAGCCACCGGCGAAUGGCAUUUGUUUAUGAUAGUGAUGAGGAGUAAAAACUUGCUUCAGAAGCUUACAGUAUAACCUUAAGGAAUACUUGGUCGCAAACUUUGAGUAAAGAUAGCAGGAAAAAAAAGGAAGUGUGGAUGGGGUCGUUUUGAACUGCCCUUACGAUCCUUCACACUCCCUAUAGGCAUUCCUUAAAUAAUGGACUCCAAUUAGAAGGGUAUUUGUAUUUUUGAUGAUGAUCCUCCUGACUAUUUUCUGUAAAUGGUAUAGUAAUCAAGACCAUUCUUGUUAUUAGCAUUGUAGUUAUUAUGUCCUUAUGAAAUUUAUGCCAAGAAAGCAUCUUUUCGAUGUAUUAACUGGCUGUUUUAGCCUGAA